AUGAGCAAAGAGGAUUAUGACAAAAAAAAAUCAUUAUUUAUCCAAAAACUAAAUGAGGCUGAUAGAACUGAGAUCGAAGUUAUUACAAGAGAUCAAAGUGAUAAUUCUCUUUGGUUUAAAGAAAGAAGACUUCGAAUCACAGCAUCAAAUUUUGGUGUAAUAUGCAAAAUGCGACCUUAUACUAGUUGUAAGAAAAAAAUUCAUAAUUUACUAUACGCACCCAAUCCUAAAACAAAACAAUUGAAUUAUGGCCAUAUUAUGGAAUCAAAAGGUCGAAAAAAGUUUGAAGAAAUGUAUGAACUAAACGUCCAAACAUGUGGUCUUAUUAUUGAUUCCAAUCUACCAUAUUUAGCAGCAAGUCCAGAUGGUUUAGUUGGAGAAAAUGCUCUAUUAGAAAUAAAGUGUCCUUAA